AUGCUUAUAGACUACAAUGUCAAAGCAGCGGUAGAGCUAGCAAACGGGUUAGCUCCAAACCUGUCUCAAGUGCAUAUUGUUGAGGAACAAACUGGAGGGAGGCUCGAUCCCGAGGAGCCAGUAGGCCCAGUACUGCAAACUUUCUUUCAAACCCGCAAGGAUGAGCACAUACUACAUGGGGGAAAUCUACAACAUCUCAGCUUAAAUGCAGUCAGCCUUGACUAUUUCAAAGAUUGGCAAAAGCACGAUGCAUUUCUAAGGAUUCGAGUUUUACAACUCUGGGAUGUCUCCGAGAGUGUUCUUACCGAGGCUGUCAGCUGCCAGUUCCCUUUGUUAAAAUCAUUGGCUUUAAGCUUCCCAGGAUGGGAUUCUUAUGACGAAGCAGCGAGUGCUUUUGUUUCCUCUCUUCCUCCAUUGGAAUCAAUCCGGCUGUCCAGCAGCCAAAAGGAACAUACAUUCCAAGCAGCGCUCAGGUACCACGGUAAAUCUCUCACUAUGCUCUCACUUGUCCCACUUGGGUCCGACAUUUACGACGUGGUUCCUUCCUUCACCAAUUGGAUCACCCAAAUCCAACUUCACUGCCUGAAUAUCCGUGAUUUGCAGCUCUCUGUGCACCGAAGAACACUCAAAGAGGAAGGAUCACUUUUCAGGACCAUUGGGGGGAUUCCUCAUCUCACAAAUCUAUCAUUGCGAUUAAUUUGUGGCAACGAGAUAGAAGAGCGAGAUUCCUUUUUGAACUCGCUGGACUAUCCAGCGUCAGAUCCCGAGCUUUCACGGGCGAUGCUUCGGAAUAGCGCGCUUCAUUCCGGUCUCCUAGCACAGGCGAUCUUUUACACUGUCGCCCAGGAAUCCUACUUGCAACGUCUAACCCUAGGUAUCCGGUGCACAUUGUAUCCCAAGCGUGUGGCAGGCUUUCCGAAUUGGUGCUGUUGCAGAUGGAGAUGUCUGCGAACAAGCGGCAAUAAGACCAUUGUGCGAGAGCUUGAGAAAGACGAGGACUGCAAGGAUUGA